AUGAGGCAUAAAGCAUUUGCGUCGCUGUCAUCAAUCCCGGACGAGAUCCUUGCAGGUAUCAGGGGAGAGGAAUUCGUAUGGGAAGGAACGCAGCACAUUCCUAACUUCAAAGACGGGUCAACCGCAUACUGGCAAGAAUGCCUUGCACUCGCACCCCGUCUCAUUCGCGUCUUUGCUCUGGCCCUCGACCUCGAUGAGGACUACUUCGACGAUCUGGUCACACAUCCUGGAGACGAUGGUGUAUGUAACUUUUACGCGGGAAAAUCCCCUGCUGAAGCUGCAGUGUCCAAGGAUGUUGGGCUGGGCUCUCACAAUGACCGUCUGUGCUUUACUUUGCUGUGGCAGGACUUGACUGGCGGCCUACAAGUGCUGACUCGAGGAGGACGGUGGACUGGGGCGACACAAAUUCCUGGCACGUUUGUGGUCAAUAUCGGAUACUUCCUUCAGCGUGUAGGCAAUGAUCGAUCUGUGAGCACCGUGCAUAGAGUGUCUUCGAGAGCUCAAGAACAUCGCAUCAGUAUGCCUUUCAUCUUUGGCUUCGAUGUCAACGAAAAGGUUGGUGUACUAGACAGUUGCAUCGCGGAGGGUGAGGUAGCAAGGUAUGAGCCCGUGAGCUGUGGAGAGUGGGUGCGGACUGGAUCCAAUCAGUUGGACUCGAGUAAAAAUGACUGGAAUAUAGCUAUCGCGGAAGCUCGGGCUGCGAACACCCAGGGAAGUAGUUGA